UUACAAAUCAUCUAGUUUUAUUUAUUUAUCUUUUAGUUUACUAGGAUCGGUGGCGGUGAGUGGACGUACGGUCAAUACUCUUGUUUGUGAAAAACACGCUUUGAUUUUUAAAUAUGGAUAAAAUUAAUUUCACCAUCAAUGGAGAACAAUACAGUUUGUCGGGCGCAGACGUCAGCCCAGUGACGUCACUGAAUGACUACAUCAGGCAUCACCUCCAACUUCAUGGUACGAAGGCGAUGUGCCACGAGGGCGGCUGUGGGGCAUGCGUGGUCUCUGUUCAGCGGACACAUCCCACCACCAAAAAGGAGGAAACUCUCGCUGUAAAUUCUUGUCUCGUUCACAUCCUCUCCUGUCACGAAUGGAACAUAACGACCGUGGAAGGCGUGGGCAAUCGAAGAGACGGCUACCACGCCAUACAGGAGCGCCUGGCGAUGUUCAACGGGACUCAAUGCGGAUACUGCACGCCGGGAUGGGUCAUGAAUAUGUACAGCUUGUACAAGAGUUCACAGAAAAGCUUAACCACUCAGCAAGUCGAGAAUUCAUUUGGCAGCAACAUAUGUCGGUGUACCGGAUACAGACCGAUUUUGGACGCAUUCAAAAGCUUCGCCAACGACACGGAGCCUAGUUCAAAAUUACAGGACUUAGAAGAUUUACACAUAAAGAAAUGCAUGAAUAGUUGUAAACGAAAGUGCAGUAUAUCGGAUGAAUGGUGCUUCAUAGAGAGACCGUUUCAAUCGUUGCUUGAGCUAAGCGUCGCGGGAGGUCGCUGGUACAAAGCUUUUACCGUGCAAGAUAUAUUUAAUAUUCUGAGGCGUGAAGGAAGUAAUAAUUACAGACUGGUCGCCGGAAACACGGGGCAAGGAGUUUAUCCAAUAAAAACGGAGCCAAAGAUCUACAUAGACAUAUCGUCGAUAGACCGACUGAAGGACGCGCAUUCAGACGAGAACUUGAAUCUGGGAGCCGGCCUGAGCUUGACCGAAACCAUGGAUGUCUUUGAAAGGUGGUCUACGAACGAGGAGUACAAAUACUUGCUGCAGCUCCGUGAGCAUGUGGAUUUAGUCGCACACGUGCCUGUACGAAAUAUCGGCACUCUUGGUGGGAACUUGGCUUUGAAGAACAAGCACAAUGAAUUCCCUUCAGAUAUUUUCUUACUGCUGGAAACGAUUGGAGCGACUGUCGGAAUAAUAAAAAGCGAUAUGAAGAUUUCUGAUGUGAGCAUGUCGCAGUUCCUGAAAAUGGAUCUCAAAAAUAAUCUCAUAGGCGAUGUUAAGCUGCCUCCUUUAUCAGCGAAUAACCUCUUAAGGACAUACAAGAUAAUGCCGCGAGCCCAGAACGCACACGCCAUCGUCAACGCCGGUUUCUUGUUCAAACUGGACCAGGAGAAAAAGGUCGCUGGUUCGAACAUAAUAUACGGAAACAUAAGCCCUUCAUUCGUUCACGCCACUCAAACGGAGAACAGCUUAAUCGGUCUGGAGUUGUUUAAGGACGAGACCUUGUCGAAGGCACUCGAGAUACUGGAAAAGGAAAUAAUUCCUGUUGAUUUGCCUCCAGAACCGUCACCGUCCUGUAGGAAGCACCUAGCGCUAGGCUUAUUUUAUAAGGCCAUUCUCUCGUUAGCUCCUGCGGUGAAUCCUCGGUACGCGUCAGGCGGGACCACGCUGAAGCGGCUCGUAUCGAGGGGAGAGCAGACGUUCGAAACAGAUAAAUCUUUAUGGCCGCUUAACGAGCCAGUGCCGAAACUGGAGGCUCUGACACAGUGCUCCGGUGAGGUGAAGUAUGCGUGUGACGUGUACACGGGGCCAAGGACUGUCCAUGUCGCCUUCGUGUUAUCCGACGUGUGCCUUGGCGAGAUUGAAGGCUUCGACGAAUCCGAGGCGUUGAAACUCCAAGGCGUGGUCGGAUUCUACACCGCCAAAGACAUACCCGGCAAGAACGUCUUCACACCGUCAGACGUGCCGUGGCAAGACUUCGCUGAAGAGAUCCUGGCUUCGAAGAAAAUCUCUUACUACGGGCAGCCCGUCGCUCUCAUAGCCGCGACGACACACAGACUAGUGCUCACUGCUGCUAAUUUAGUUCGUGUGAAGUACAAGAAAUCUAAUGCGGUUCCUGUGUUGUCUAUUCAAGAAGCAUUAGUAGCUGCUGAUAAGGAGCAAAGGGUUCGGCAGGAGGUAGCAAUCAAAGCGACCAGCAAAGGCUCGGAUACCCGACACGUUAUAAAGGGUAGUUUCUCGAUGCCGUCCCAGUACCACUACACGAUGGAGACUCAGUCCUGUACCGUCGCCGUCACGUCGCGCGGGGUGGCCGUGCGCUCCUCCACCCAGUGGAUGGACAUAGUCCACGUUGCGGUGGCCCAGACACUCGGCAUUGAUGAAAACAGGGUGGAGGUGUCGGUGCCCCGCGUGGGCGGCGCGUUCGGGGGCAAGGCGUCUCGCGCGGCGCUGGCGGCGUGCGCAUGCGCGGUGGUCGCCAGCCGCACGCACCGCGCCGCCUCGCUCGUGAUGCCGCUCGGCGACAACAUGGCCGCGAUCGGGAAGCGUUCGCAAUGCGACGCGCGUUACGAGGUCGGCGUGAACGACGAGGGCGUUGUUCAAUACGCGAACAUCGAAUACUACGUGGACUGCGGGUACGCUUACAACGACACUUCCGCCCCGGAUGUAGCCUCGAUACUGACCAAUCUGUACGCGACUGACACUUGGAACAUCAACGGAUAUAGUGUCUUGACGGAUAAGCAUAGCAACACCUGGUGCAGAGCUCCCGGGACAACGGAAGCCACAGCCAUCUUAGAACAUUUAAUGGAACGAAUAGCGCAAGUCACCGGCAAAGAUCCUUCCGAAGUCCGAAUCUCCAACUUGGCACAGAAACACGAAGCCAUCAAGGAUAUGAUCACGGGUUUUAAGCGUGAAGUGGAGUUCGAUGACAGAAUGGUCCAAAUCAAAAAGUUCAAUGAGGAGAACGCGUGGCGAAAAAAGGCCUUGAAGCUAUCCAUCAUGUCUUAUCCUAUAGGCUACUCCUACAACUUCCCCGUUACGAUAUCAAUAUACCACGCAGACGGUACUGUGGCCAUAUCCCACGGGGGUAUCGAGAUGGGUCAGGGUAUCAACACGAAAGUCGCUCAAGUUUGCGCAUAUAGCUUAAAAAUACCCCUAGCUAAGGUCACAGUUAGGGGCAGCAACAGUUUCAUCUCACCAAAUUCUAUGGCUAGCAACGGAAGCAUUACUAGUGAUUGCGUGGCCUAUGCUACUGUGAAGGCUUGUGAGGAGCUGCUGAGCAGGCUACAAGAUGCUAAGAAGAAUUUGAAUGAACCCACUUGGGAGGAAACUAUUAAGGCUGCUUAUGAUAAAGGCGUCAACCUCCAAGCGUCUUAUAUGACGUCACCCAAUGACAAUCUAGUGGGCUAUGACGUGUACGGAGUCUGCAUAGCUGAAGUGGAACUAGACGUGCUGACCGGAAACCACAUCCUCACAAGGGUCGAUCUGUUGGAAGAUACCGGAGUCAGUAUUAGUCCUGACAUCGACGUGGGACAGAUUGAAGGAGCGUUUGUGAUGGGUCUCGGUUUGUGGACAACAGAAAGACUGGUCUAUGAUAAGACAGGGAGACUUCUUACUGACAGGACGUGGACGUACAAGCCCCCGGGUGCUAAGGAUAUCCCAGUUGACUUCAGGGUUUCGUUCAGGAGAAACGCCCCUAACCCUGCUGGAGUUUUGAGGUCAAAAGCAACCGGUGAACCGGCGUUGGUUUUGGCUGUGGUAGUCAUUCACGCAUUGCACGAGACCAUCGUGGAAGCGAGGAAGGAACACGGGUACCGCGACGUGGAAUGGCUACAAGUCGACACACCAUACAGCGUGGAGAAUAUACUAGAAGCGAUUUCACCCAGGAUAGGAAGCUUUAAAUUAACCUGAAUAGUUUUUAAGGAUUGUACUAAAAUAAAUAACUCCAAC